AUGCCUCCCAAACCGGCCAAACAACAAAAUAGGAGAAACAACUCGGAAUUCCUGAAUAGCAUUAGCAAAGAAACAGACACAAAUGCUAACAAUAUGACAGCACUAGCUAAUGCAGUUACUGCUGUGCAAGCCUCUAUCAACUCAUUUCGGGAAGAGAACCGAGCGUCAAUUGCCUCUCUACAUUGGAUUCUGAGUGUUUAUGGCCAACAAAUUACUGAGGUAGAAGACGGCAUGAAUGAGUUCGACAAGAGACUGAGCAGCAUGGAAACUUCUCAAAAUUCACUUGCGAAAGGAAACAAAGCCGUGAAGGAGAAGGUAGCGUACUACACCAGACAGCAUCGAGGGGAUAUCAGAAAAUGUGGAGGGCCCACGACCAUCAGAAUUCAUUGGCAAACUACUCCUGGAUGUGCUUGGGGAAGACAACUUUGAGAAGCCACCAUCGGUGGACAGAGCCCACAGAAGCUUGGCCCCUAAACCAGUAGAUGGCGAUUAUAGAUCACGGCCGCUCAUUGUCAAGCUACAUCACUUUCAAACUAAAGAGUUGAUCCUACGCCUUGCCAGACAGAAGGGCCCUCUCUCCUACAACGGAUCAAGAUUUCACAUCUUUCCUGAUUACAUCCCGGAUAUCAACAAACGACGCACAGUCGUCUCCAAGACCAAAAAAAAAAUCCAUGCCGCAAAGAUCCAGUUCACCCUCUACUACCCAGCCACUCUGCAGUUUACACACAACGGGAGACGCAUGAAGUACACAGACCUCACGGCGACACUGACCUACAUCAAUAAAAAUGUGUCUGCUGACUACGAAAGCUCUAUUUCACUAGUAAGAGAAGAUGGUGAUUGAGGUAUUGCUGAUCAUCGGGUCAAAAUACAAAUAAUUAACUAAAAGAGACGGUGAUAUCACUACAAAUAGUUAUUCUGUCAGUUUUUAACUGACAGUAUUUUGUAUUUCUAUGGUACUAUUUUAUUAAUGCUGUGUAUGUAGCAAUUGACAAUUUGCGUGAAUGUGUGUACCCAGAUAGCAAAAGAUAGUUUUUCAACGUUUAAUUUUGGUAGAAAAGGUUGAGUUUUACUUACGACUGAAGACUGAUGGUUGUUCACCAUUGAAUCACUAUUGUAGUGCACAAUUCACUGAUUGAAAUUCCAACAUUGAAUCAACGUUGAAUCUAUGGUGCAAAUUCAAUGAUUGAAAUGCCAACAUUGAAUCAGCUGUUUCUAUGGUGUUUGCCUUUUUCUUUUCUUUUUUUCUUGACGGGGGGGGGGGGGGGGGGGCACCCCUCCUCACACACCCCCUUCUCCCAUUUAAUGAUUGAAAUGCCAACAUUGAUUCAAUGCUGAAAAUAUGGUAUGGAAAAUAUGGACCAAUGUUGUAAUAGGUAUCAUCAAGUGUUCACCCCGUCUCGCCCAUACGCGGCGGCGAGUGUUUCUCUGGCGGUUUAGGGACCGACACGGACAACCUGAUCCGGCGGAUGUUGGCAGCAGCAUUGACAAAUGGCCUGGCCAGUCAAUACAACUGGGCCAGCAAGCAUGAUCAGCGUUGUUCCUCCACCAAGAAGCCCUUCAAAAACACUGCGAUGCAAGGCUGCUUGUUAGGUAAGUCUUCUCUGCCAAAACUACAAUGGUUUAAGUUUAGGUCAAAGUUUGUUUAUUUGUCUACUGUAGGAGAAGCUUGUCUUUGAGUUAGAGCCCCACUGCAUACAUGUAACAUUUAACAAGUCAAAAAGAAAAGACACCAAAUUGAACACAUACAAAAACAGUAAACACAGAGACAGAGAUAUUGCGUAUAUUCCCUUAGUUAAGGUCCAUCUUGCUGUUUAG